AACGGAAGCGGUAUGUUAAAAAAUUUAAUAAUUUUUUCAAUUGACCGAAAAUGAUUUUGUUGAGUUUGUAAAAUUUAAUUUUUCUGUAAUUAUCACACUAUCAUUCCUAAUGAUAAAAAAUCUGGCAACAUCUGAUUAUAUUAUUGGGGUUUUUAAAUUAUCACAACAAUCCCUGUACAUCUUUUUAUAUUGUUUAACAUUCGAGCAAGCUAUCUUUACGCAGCCGUCCAAGUUUUUUAAAACCAAGAAAUCCGAUCGUACUUCAAAAGAGACCGACAAUGACUAGUGCGUCCAAUUUCGAAGCAAAAAUUUCUUUGGAUACACCCCUAGCCGAUUAUGAGCGCCUCAUUGAACAACAUGUGCAAUCGGAAAAUGUAGAAGAUGAUGCAACGUUAGAAAAUAAUUAUAAUAAAAUAGCUACUGCCGCGCGAGCAACUGUGGAUAAACUCCUCUUUGAAUCUGGUUCGGUUACAAAAGAAAAUCAAGAAAAAAUUGCUGAAUUUUUAAGCAAAGUUAAGGAGGAUGCAUGCUUCUAUAACCCAAAUAGUUACAAUGAGUGGAUUGUUGGAGUACGCGACAAGGUGUUGAAAAAUAAUAUGCUUGAUUUUUGGUGUGAUCACAUGGUCAAAAAAGAACUGGGUAUUUGUUGGGCUAGAGACUCUGAUUAUUAUGAUGAUAUGGAAGACCCAGAACCAAGAGCAUUUUACAAUCAUGCAGGCUGUGUGGCACCUUUUGACCAAGUAGAUAACUCUAGUUUGUCGAAUUUUUUAAAUAUCUCAACGCCUACUAUACUUCAAGCUCCUAUUGCCUCCAACAAAGCAUUAAAUUUUGAUGCUGUGAUUUCAUUGGAAACCCCUCUGGCAGAUUAUAAGCGUCUAAUAGCAGAAAAUGUUGAGUCAGAAAAUAUGACUGAUGAUGACGUCAUAAACAACAAUUACCAGAAAAUUGCGAGUGUUGCGCGCAACACUGUGUGGAAGCUUCUUUUUGAAUCUGAUUCCAUUACAAAAGAAGAUCAAACAAAGAUUGCCGAGUUCUUAAAAAAGAUAAAGGACGAUGCGUGUUUUCAUGACGCAUCCACUUAUAAUGAGUGGAUAAUUGGGGUUCGUGACGAACUGUUGAAACGCAAUAUGAUCGAUUUCUGGCGAGAACACAUGGUUGAAAAGGAACUGGGUCCUUGUUGGGCCCGAGAUUCUGAUUACUUCGAUGAUAUGGAAGAUCCAACGCCAAGAGAAUUCUACAAUUAUGCUGGUUGUGUGGCACCAUUUGCAAAAGUAAACGGAAAAUGACAUCAUUCAACAACAUUAGCUCUUAGAUAAAAGUGCAUAGGUAAAAGUGCAGCAGCUUUGUCUCGAAAUAAUAUUGAUAUACUUAUCCUCUUCUAUUACACUUGUUACGACAAUUAAUCGCAAUUUAAAUAUAGAUAUAUGUAUAUAUUUAAAGUGA